UCUUCCUCUGAGAGCUACUUUUUCAGAACCUCACUUCCAUUUCUAGGGUUUCGAUCUUCCUUUCCUCUUCUUUGCUCAAUUGCGAAGAAACUAUGGGAUCUCUUGCCGUUCCUGAUCCCGGCGAUAUGUUUCAAACGAGUUUCGAUGAUUUUCAGAGGCAGACCUCGUUGAUGACAAGCUGUACUCUGUUGUGGAAGGAGCUUUCUGAUCACUUCUCUUCGUUAGAGCAAGAUCUCAAGAAGAAAUCUGAUGCCUUGAAGGAGAAAAUCCAAACCCUAGAUCACAAAACCAAGGAAACCGUUGAUGUUCUGGUGAAGCGAGAGGUUUCGAUCGAUGGAAAUGUGGAACAAGCGCUGGUUAAAGUUGAAGAACGUAAGGAAGCUGCGCUGAAGGCUUUUCAGAAAAGAGGGGAAGAAGAAUUUGAUGAUAGUGAAGAAGGUAUGCUUUUGAAGUUGCGAUCUUUUUGUACGAAGAUGGAUUCUGAAGGAUUUUGGAUGUUCGUAACUACGAAGAAGAAAGAAUUGGACAAACUUCGUGCUCAGAUUCCGUUGGCUUUGUCUGAUUGUGUUGAUCCCGCGAAGUUCGUUAUGGAGGCAAUUUCCGAAGCUUUCCCAGUUAGCAAGAAGGAUGAGAAGUGCGAACGGUCGAAUGAUAUGGGUUGGGCUUGUGUGUUGCUCCUCGAGUCGCUCAUUCCUGUUGUAGCGGAUCCCAUUCUUGGGAGUUCACGGCCUCUGUUGACGCCGAGAGUGAAGCAGCGGGCUAAGGAGAUGGCAGAGACUUGGAAGGAGAGUUUGGAUCAGAGAGGGGGAAUUGAGAAUGUGAAGACUCCUGACGUACACACGUUUCUGCAGCACUUGGUGACGUUUGCGGUUUUCUGUAAAGAGGACGCCGAUUUGUAUCGGAAGCUCGUGAUUGGUUCUGCCUGGCGCAAGCAGAUGCCUAAGCUCGCUAUUUCACUUGGACUGGGUGAUAAAAUGGCUGAGAUGAUUGAAGAAUUAAUCAGCAAGAAACAGCAAGUCGAUGCGGUGCACUUUACUUAUGAGGUGGGACUUACAGACAAAUUUCCUCCUGUUCCCCUGCUGAAAGCUUAUUUGAAAGAUUCAAGAAAGGCUGCAAAUUCUAUUAUGGGGGAUCGUAACAAUUCUGGCCGGGCAGCUGUUGCUGGACGCAAGGAACAAUCAGCGCUUCGUGCUGUCAUCAAAUGCAUUGAGGAGUACAAGCUUGAGGCUGAGUUCCCUCCAGAAGGCCUCCGGAAACGUCUUGAACAGCUAGAAAAGACCAAGUCUGAAAAGAAAAGGCCAGCUGCAGUCCCUGCAAACAAGAGAACCCGUGCCAGCAAUGGAGGACCUAUGCCUCCUGCCAAGGCUGGCCGUCUUACAAAUGCAUAUGUAUCGUCUUUCCCUGCGGCCCCUACAUUCAUCAGGUCUCCCUCCCAUGCCCAAUACCCAGCUGGGGUCUCACCUUACUCAUACGACCGGCCAUCACCACCUAUGUUAUAUGGUAGCAGGAGCCCAUCAACAGUCAGGGAAGCUUACGCUUACUCACCAGAAGAAACAGCCCCUCCUACAAUGGCUGGGCCUUAUCCAGGGGCUCCCAUGAAUUAUCCCGCAUAUGGAGGUUAUGGUAAUGGUUUGGCUCCAGGGUAUCAGCAGGCAUACUACCGAUAAGUACUUGACAUCAGAGCAUGCAAGAAACCAGAAGAUAGCAACACUGAUGAUGACCUCAAUCUCAUUUGCUUUCAAUGUUCAGUCUGUAACUUCCAAGAGGCUAACCACUUAUUGUAGCCUUUCCUGUGUAAUUUGACAAUGUUCUGCUUCUUGUUGUAGGUGAUGUUGUGAUUCUAGGCUUGGUUAAACUGGUUUCAGUAGGAAGACUUGUAUUUCUGAUCUUUAUUAAACUGAUAGUAGGUGAUUGUGGAAGUGACCUGGAUGACUGACUGUUAACUCAACUCAGUUGACUCAGGAACCAACUACAUGUCGGUGAAUUUCACUUGUAAACAAGAUAUAGAAUGUCUAAUUAUGCUGAA